AUGGCCUCGCCCACCGCGCCCUUUCCCACGCCGCCUUUGCCCGACGCGGGGAGAGGCCAUCAGUUGCCCUACGAGUACGCGCAGCCUCCACAGCCACAAGCUCAACCUCACCACCCGCAACCUCUGCCUCUGCCUCUGCCUCAUCCUCAUCCUCAUCCUCAAUCUCAAUCUCAGCCACAGCCACAACUACAGUCUUCCCGACAUCUCGACAUUAUCAAUUCAUCCUCAAGCUCUUCUCACGACCAGAAGCCGCAGCUACAGCAUCAACAACGGCAGCAGCAGCAACAGCAGCAGCAACAGCAGCAACAACCCCCGACGAAACGGCGCCGCAUCGGCUAUGCCUGCAAUCUCUGCCGCACCAAGAAGAACCGCUGCGAUGGCGAGCGACCCUCUUGCGGCCCGUGCAAGGAGCGCCGCCAAGAGUGUGUCUAUAGCCCCCAGCGAACCAAGAUUUCCGUGACGCAAGAAUACAUUGAAAAUCUACGAGCACGGAACCGCAUGCUCGAAGAGCAUAUAGCCAACCAGCAACCUCAGGGCUCUCACUCACCCCAUGAGAGCACUUACUCCAAGGAAUCGCCUUUCGCUCCUCCGCGACUAUCCUCAGACCGCAAUCCAAGCGACGGUCCGCGGCAACACCAAUAUCCAAAUCCUUCUUCACCUAUAUCUACAGCAGACGGGAGACCAGAACACCACCAUGACCGGAACACGUUACUCAACGGACAUUCGACGGCACCUGGAAGUCGACAACGCCCCUCUGACAGUAAUCCUCCCAGUGAUCGACCCAAGAGUAGCCAUUCCGCCUUACCGGGAGAGUACUUUGGAGAGUCAUCAGCAUUCGAUUUCAUUACAAAAGUAACAUCACCGAAUACCACUGAUGCCACAACUGGCAGCUCAGUAGCAACUGCCGGAACUCCUGCAACAGGUGCCAGCAGUAGUGGCGCUACAAACUCCAAAGCCUCAACGACGGGACGACUAGGAAACGCCGUUACCGCGAGGAGGAGCAUUGCGGAGGCAUCUGGAAUGGGUGGCUUGAAUUCGGAAUCCCUGGCAGAAUCAUCGCCGUCAACAGUCGUGUUCGAAGAGCUUCUGGGCAUUGGUGGAGGAAUAGGGGACGGCAGCGGAAGUAGUGACUUGUUUGAACUACCCCAGCGAUCACUGGCCGACCGCUUGGUGACAUCAUAUUUCAAACAUCGACAUCCGCUGAAUCCAUGUCUGCAUGAAGGAACCUUUCGUCACCGUUAUUCGAAACUGUGGCUCAGCAAGGACGUGGGCGGCGAAGAGGCAGCUCCCAACAACUUGGCCUGGCUGGGGCUGGUCAACAUGGUGUUUGCGUUUGGAAGCGAGCACGUGCAGAUCCGUCCUCCAUAUCACGGAAGUCCCGCCGGCUCAGCACCAACAAAGCCAGAUCGUUCUCGCUUUUUCAAACGAGCCAAGAUGUUGGCAUUCUCCAGCAUCCUACAAGCCAGGAUUGAGCUCGUCCAGGCAUUGCUGCUGAUGAGCCAUUAUUUACACGGCUCGCUGGAACUCAAUCAUUGCUGGACUGUCAUUGGGCUGGCAAUACGCACUGCACAAGAGUUGGGGCUCUAUCUCGAUUCUACCAACUUCACCAAGGACAUCGUUGAGCAGGAGAUACGCAAGCGUGUGUGGUGGGGCUGCUUCGUGAUCGACCGCCUCGUCAGCAUCAAGGUCGGUCGGCCGCCCACAAUUCACGAUAUACCCGCCAUUCGCGUCGGUUUGCCUCUUGCGGUUGAUGAUGAGUAUCUCAACGAAGAGGCCAAGUAUACUCAGCCUAGCAAUGUCCCUUCCAAGAUUGAAUACUUCAACCAUAUCGUCACCCAGUGUCGCCUGCUUGCAAAGGUACUCGACACUUUAUACGACAAUACCCCGAGCAGCAGCGGUAGCGCUGGCGGUAGUAGCACCUCGUCUUCAGUAGGGCGUGACACGAGAGUUCGCAUCAAGGCCGACUUACCGGAUCUCCUGGCCAUGUCGAUCCAGCUAGAUGGCGAGCUGGUCGUGUGGCAGAGCACGCUGCCUCCACAUUUACGCGCAGGCUCAGACGUAUCAGAUUGGCACUUUGAGCGACAGCGGAGCGUUUUACUCAUGCGAUUUCUGCAUAUUCGUCUCCUUAUUCACCGCCAAACGCUGCUCUACCAUAUUUUGCGUCGCAUAUCCGAUCCAUUUCAGCUUGACCUUGCACAUUUGUGCAUCAGACGUUGUGUCACGGCGGCCUACGAUGCAAUCCACCAGGUGCAUCUCUUACAACAAAACAACUCUUUGUCUUCCUCAUGGCAUAACUCACAUUACGUCUUCACGGCUUUGAGUGUCUUGCUAGUCUAUCAGCACCUGGACCCUCAAUCGCGGUCCAAGAUUGACCUUCCGCCUUCCUCAGACAUCGACGUCAUCAUCGGCCAAGGUACGGAUCACUUACACCGUGUUGGUGGCGAGAUACAUCCCCUAGCCUCUCGCUACGUCCGCUCAUUCCAACAACUGCAAACACGAUUGCAAGCAAUCGGAACGCUCUCCGCCAACGCGCCGCCACUCGCCGUGCGUGGUAAGCAAGCCGUGUCGGUGAAGGAGGAUGGUGCCUCAAGUUACGGCCAGGCCCGUACAGCAAGCUCCACAACUGAUUCUGACCAGAGCAGCAGCAAUGCUCAUUCAGCCACCAGCGAAAGCAUAGGCAAAGGAUCCAUGGCCGCACCUGAGCAAGUCCAGGAGCACAGCGGCGUCCAUUAUUAUCAUGGAGAGGGAUAUCAAGAGCAAGAAAACAACCACCAAGGAGUGGAAUACGGGGAUGAUGGCUUCAUGUGGGCUGGCUUUGAUGACGAGUUUGCCGUCAUACAGAGCGCUUUGUUGGAUAGUAGCGGGUGGGGGCCUGGGUUUUUGGACCCCUGGGCGCAAGGAUGA